CUGGCUGUUGAAAUAGCCGCUCUUCUUGUAGUUUAAGACUGUCAAUCACGUUUACAUAUAUUUACCAAUAACGUCAUCAUCCCAGUGAUCUCAUCACGGUAAAACGAGCAACAACAGAGUCGCGACAUUGACAAGAUUUGGAAAUCUUACCAUUGUUAUAAAGUGGGAGAGAGAAAACGCUUGUCGCAUAGAGAGCGAAAAUGUUUUCAGUUUUAAGAAUUUUUGUUGCGUGUUUGUGUGUUCAUUUUGUGUUUGGAAGGCCUAGACACACCGUCGAGAAGAGAUGGGCCUAUAUUGAAAAUGGGGAUCCUCAAAUGCGAUCAAUCCACACAGACUGUAAAAAAAUUGUGCGAGAAUAUAGCGACGGCGAUAUGCCUUUUUAUGAGUACAAGGCGAAGAUGAGGAAAUGCAUGGAUCGUCAGCAAAGAACCAAUAUACCAAGUUACGAAGACAUGGAUGAGUUCACUCCAUCAUUCAAAGUUCCCGCAGCGCAAACAGCGAAGAGAUUCGAGACACCAAGAAAUUUCCAACAGCAAGGAAAUGAUCCAUACCAAAAUUACGCUUAUAAUUAUAACUACAACAGCCAAUACCAAGAUCAAAAUGCCUACGGAACCUUGGAACAAAGAGCAAGUAUCUCCAGUCCCCAGCAAUACCCUGCUCAACAGCAAGCUCAAGCAUUUCCCGCCAACUAUAAUUACUACCAACAAACUCAACCUGAACCUCAGAUGACAACACGAAGUGAAAUACCAUCCUAUCCUCAGGAACCAACAAUGUACGAUACAGACAUCGUCAAAAAAGACGUUAUACCAAAACCAGACGAACAUUGAAACGACAGACUUUAAUGACAGACUUACUUAAAGAACGCUGACCGUACUGACAAAUUUCGAAAGCGAUAUAUCAGACAAAAAUCUAUUGAGUAUUGUAAAUAUGAUCCAUUGCUAGCCUAUAGCUGUAGCGUGUCGCUACGCCUAUGAGGAAUGUUGCAAGGCAAUUUGCCAUGAAGUCCAGCAUUUUCCAGUUUACGGAAUCACCAUCAGGAUUUGGUAUUUUACGUUUAGAUUCCCAGAAACGAUCAAAACUAGAUUUAUAAACGAGUAAUAUCUUUGAAAUAAAUGCUAAUUUGAACAUGUCAAUUUCACACUUACCACAUAAAUGCAAUCACUGGUUAUAGGGGUAUUCUUCUUUGUAAAAACUCCAACCACUAACAGUCACCUGAACAUCCAGGACCAGGUACAAUUACCCAAAAUUUAUAUUAUGCAGUGAAAUAUGGCGAUAUGUUUUGUUAAAGUGACAGUGACUUGGUUCCUGGUUCCGAAUGAAAUUGCUCGUAUAAGGAAACCGACAGUAUGAUGACGCUAAAGGCAGAUUCGACCACUCCACUUUUUCAAAUCAAAAAACAUUGAGGCGAGAGGAUGGCCAACCAAACCAGUGACUUUUGAUGCACAUAAUUUUGGUUAACGUACAAUAUUUGAUCGCUUCUUUUUAUUAUUCAGGGUAUUCACGUUUAAAACAGUUGAAAUUGGACACUGACGAGGUGGAUAAGCAAAAACGUAGAAGCGAAUAAUAGGACGUGUCUUUAAUGGACGUAACAGGCUUUAUAUAUAAAAUCGUACUUUAGUCUUUACUAUGUUUAUGUCUACUUGUGCCACUUGGAUACAACUUUCAUUGGUAUAUAUACACGUGCUUGGAGAUAUUUUAAAAACAGCUCGAGUGGAACAAACUAACAGGUGUAAAAAUAAAUCA